GGAAAGUAAAAAGGCGAAAAGGGGAAUAAUAAUCUCCCGCCAUCGCCACUCGCCAGUCCCCAAACAUACAUACGUACUCCAAAAUCCAGUAGGCCCACAAUUUGCAUUUCAUUUUCCCCGACGCUAUCGCUUUUCUCUCUCUAAACCCAAUUAUGCAGAUUCCCGUAGUCGAUCUCGAACCAUACUUGGAAUUCUCUGGAAAACAGCCACUCUCGGACAAAGACUCGCAGAUAAGGACCCUGUGCGCGGAGGUCAGCCGAACCCUGAGAGAGACGGGAGCCUUACUCGUCAAAGAUCCACGAUGCACCGCCCAAGACAACGACCUCUUCCUUGAUAUGAUGGAGAGGUAUUUCGAAAUGCCCAACGAUUUCAAGCGCCUGCAGGAACGCCCGCACCUCCAUUACCAGGUUGGAGUAACACCUGAAGGAGUUGAAGUACCACGCAGUUUGGUGGAUGAAGAAAUGCAAGAGAAAUUCAGAGCAAUGCCAAUAGAGUCACGGCCAUCCACUCCUGCUGGGCCAGACCCUAAGUGGCGCUAUAUGUGGAGAGUUGGUCCACGGCCAUCAAAUACUCACUUUAAGGAACUUAACUCAGAGCCCGUCAUACCCGAGGGAUUUCCUGAGUGGAAACAGACCAUGGAUUCAUGGGGAUUUAAGAUGAUAUCUGCUAUAGAGGCUGUCUCUGAAAUGGCUGCAAUUGGCUUUGGUCUGCAAAAGGAUGCUUUCACUUCUCUUAUGAAGCAGGGACCACACCUGCUUGCUCCAACAGGAAGUGACCUAAAACGUCAUGGUCACAUAGGCACUGUGUUUGCCGGAUACCAUUAUGACCUCAACUUUCUUACAAUUCAUGGCAGGAGUAGAUUCCCAGGGCUAAAUAUUUGGCUGAGAAAUGGGCUGAAAAUGGAAGUCAAAGUCCCUGUAGGUUGCCUCCUCAUUCAGACAGGAAAGCAGAUAGAGUGGUUGACUGCUGGGGAGUGCAUGGCUGGCAUGCAUGAAGUUGUCGUGACAGACCGCACAAUAGAAGCAAUGAAAUUAGCUUCUGAGCAAAAUCGCAGCCUGUGGCGAGUAUCUUCAACGCUUUUCGCACACAUAGCAUCAGAUGCCGUGUUGAAACCUUUGGACCACUUUGCGGGCUCACCAUUAGCCGGUAAAUACUUUCCCAUUAGUGCUGGUGAGUUUGUAGAGCAGGAGCUUGCAGUUAUUAACCUGAAAGGCAACUAAGGAGAUGCUAGACUCCAAAGACAGCAGUCUGCAGUGUCCUCUAAUCGAUUUUUCUAUUGCUUCUUGAUUUUUUGUUCCCUUCACUGGCAUCAUUAAGCAUGUGUUGCAGCAUUUUAAUAAAAUGGUGGUUGGACUGCGCUCUAAAAUCUGAUAUCUGCUGGAUGCUAUUGUAGCUGUUUUUGCUCAACUGAAAUUGAUGUAAUAUUUGUGGAUUUCUGGUGAUAUGACUUUCAUAUUUAUGGGAGGAUGAAUUAUUCUUUCAUUCUUAACUAGCAUUGGUAUCCGUUGGAUACACGAAUGUAAUGUAAACAAUAUUUUUUAUAAGUGAAAUUUAACAAAAAGAUAUGAGACAAUGUUAAGAAAUAACUUCAACAAUAA